UCUCUCUCUAAAACCAGUUGCUUACUUUCUCUCUCUAAAAGUUUCUCAAUCUCUCUCUUCCGUCGUCGCCGCCGUCGUUUCCGGCGGCGCGAUCCUCUAUCUCCGGCGAAUUCCGCCCUAAUUACCCUCAUUCCACCCUUCCCUCUCCUCUCUUUAUCUCUCUCUUAAUCUUAAAAAAUCGAAAAAAAAGUUAUUAGAAAAUACCCAGAAAAAAAAAACCUAAAAAAUUUUCGUGUUUAUUUUUACAAAAGUUGUGUUUGAUUUGUUGCCGAAUAAUCAGAGGAGAGGGAAGUGGUUUAUAUAAAAAACCGAAAAAAAUUGAAAAUUUUGAAAAACGAAAAAAACCCUUAAUUUAUUUUUUGUCCUUCUCUCCUAAAUUUUAGGUUUUAGGGUUUUUAGGAGUGAGAAAAAAUGGCUCAACCUCAGGUGCAAGCGAAUGGCGGGGCUCCGGCGGCUACUGCGGCCGCAGUAGGCGGUGGUGCGGCGGCUCCUGCUGGUGGGGCUGCGGCGGCGGCUGCGGGACAGUUCGUUACGACGUCGUUGUAUGUGGGUGAUUUGGAUGUGAAUGUGAGUGAUUCACAGCUGUAUGAUGUGUUCAAUCAACUGGGUCAGGUGGUUUCGGUUAGGGUUUGCAGGGAUUUGGCUACUCGUCGAUCACUUGGUUAUGGUUAUGUCAAUUAUGCUAACCCACAAGAUGCUGCAAGAGCGAUAGAUGUCCUGAACUUCACUCCUCUCAACAACAGGCCUAUCAGGAUAAUGUAUUCUCACCGUGAUCCUAGUGUCCGUAAAAGUGGGGCUGGAAACAUUUUUAUCAAGAAUUUGGAUAAGGCCAUUGACAACAAAGCACUGUAUGACACCUUUUCUGCUUUUGGGACCAUCCUGUCUUGCAAGAUUGCUACUGAUUUAUCUGGGCAUUCAAAAGGACAUGGUUUUGUGCAGUACGAGACUGAGGAGUCUGCUCAAAAAGCCAUAGAGAAGCUGAAUGGCAUGCUGUUGAAUGACAAGCAAGUCUAUGUGGGCCCUUUUCAGCGAAGGCAAGAAAGAGAAAAUUCCGUUGACAAGACCAAAUUCACAAAUGUUUUUGUGAAAAAUCUUGCAGAGGCAACAUCAGAUGAUGAUAUGAAUAAGAUUUUUAGUCAAUAUGGGAAAAUUACGAGUGCUGUUGUGAUGCGUGAUGCAGAUGGAAAGUCAAAAUGCUUUGGGUUUGUCAACUUUGAAAAUGCAGAUGAUGCUGCUAUUGCUGUGGAGGCUCUAAAUGGGCAGACAGUUGAUGGUAAGGACUGGUAUGUUGGUAAAGCCCAGAAAAAGUCAGAAAGGGAAGCUGAGCUGAAGAAUCAAUUUGAGCAGAGUAUGAAAGAGGUGGUAGACCAAUAUCAGGGAAAAAACCUGUACAUUAAAAAUUUGGAUGAUACCAUUGACGAUGACAAACUCAAAGAAGCAUUUGCUCCAUAUGGCACGAUUACUUCAUGCAAGAUAAUGCGAGAUCCUACUGGUGUAAGCAAGGGAUCAGGCUUUGUUGCAUUUUCGACUGCUGAAGAGGCAUCUCGAGCUUUGUUGGAGAUGAAUGGAAAGAUGCUUGUUAGCAAGCCUCUUUAUGUUGCCCUUGCACAACGUAAGGAAGACAGAAGAGCAAGGUUGCAGGCCCAAUUCUCUCAAAUGCGCCCUGUUGCUAUGCCACCAUCUGUUGGUCCCAGGAUAUCAGUCUAUCCUCCUGGUGGUCCUGGGCUUGGGCAGCAGAUGUAUUAUGGGCAAGGACCUCCUGCUAUGCUUCCACAUCAGCCUGCAUUUGGAUACCAGCAUCAAAUGAUGCCUGGUUUGAGAGGUGCUCCAGUGCCAAAUUUCUUUAUGCCAAUGGUUCAGCAAGGGCAGCAGGGUCCACGCCCUAGUGGCAGACGCGGAGGCGGUGGUCCAGUCCAGCAAUCUCAGCAGCCUAUUAUGAUGCAGCAGCAGAUGAUGCCAAGGGGACGUUAUCAUCGUUAUCCUCCUGCUCGUCCUCUGCCAGAUGCUCCUAUCCCUGGUGUCACUGGAGGAGUGCUUCCUGGUGGUCAAUUUGAUAUGGGUGGCAUGCAAAUGCGUGAAUCUGCUAUGUCUCCAACUGUUCCUGUCGGCACAUUGGCUACUUUGCUUGCUAAUGCUACUCCUGAGCAUCAGAGGCUUCUCUUGGGAGAGAAUCUGUAUCCAUUGGUGGAGCAGCUGGAGCCAGAUAUGGCUGCUAAAGUGACAGGGAUGCUGCUGGAGAUGGAUCAGACUGAAGUCCUGCAUUUGUUGGAGUCUCCAGAUGCGCUGAAGGCCAAGGUUGCCGAAGCAAUGGAAGUCUUAAGGAAUGUUACUCAGCAGCAGCCUAGCAACCCUGCUGAUCAGCUUGCUGCUAUGUCACUGAAUGACAACCUCUCUUAAGGGCAAUGAGCCAAAUUACUGAUUCAUAAACUAGAACUGAGUCGAUUUCAUGUUUUGGGAUUUGUGAAACCUGCUGGUGUGCUGUUGAACUGAGAUUUGUGGUGGUUGACAUCUUGAUAACCUGUUAAGGUUUCUAGACAAAGUUUGCUUCAACUCUUGAGCUGUUUGUCCUAAAAUAUUGCUCUUUAUGCUCUGUUUUUGACUCUUGAAAGUAUCUACUCUUUUAACUCUGGUUUUAUUGUUA